GUACUAAACUAAUCGAUCCAUCUCCUGUCUCCCUCAAAAAAGAAAAACCAAUCGAUCCAUCGACUAUCGAUCGAUUAGGUUUCCGCGUACGGAGCCAGUCUCGCUCUCGCGUAUCGCCGUCCGCCGUCGCGUAGACAGUCGGCGCUAGCGGCAGGGCGCCGGCCGCCGGACGCCGCAUAGCACGCAGCGACGACGGUGAGCCGCUGAAGACAGGACGCACGCAAGCGACGCUGCACGCCGCCGGCCGGUCCGGAGCUCGAUACUAUGGACAAGUUUCUUCUCAAAAGAAAAGCAUCAUCACAGGAUGUUCCGGAAGAAAUAAAUUGGGAAGAGGAGAUUCAAUAUGAUCCGGGCAAGAGAAAAUUGAUUGAGCAUUAUCAUCCUAAUUUAAAAGAUCUGGUAAGAAGGAAGUAUUUGUUGAAUGGACCUUGUCAGCCAAGAGAGAUUGAUUUUGAAUCCUCAGAUUUUGGGGGUAAACAGAGAAAGUUCAAUCCCGAAUGGUUUGAUGAAUUUGAGAGCUGGCUUGAAUACAGCGAAGAGAAGAAAAGGGCAUAUUGUUUUCCUUGCUUCUUAUUUAGGGAUCGUAGUCAGAAGAAAGAAGCUGGAUAUGAGGCAUUCGUUGUGAAUGGUUGGAAGAGCUGGAACAUGAAAUCAAGGUUAAAAGAACAUGUUGGUGAGGUGGGCAGUGUCCAUAAUCAAGCAAUGAAAAAAUUACUUGAUUUUCAGAAAAAAGAUCAACACAUUGAUGUUGCUAUGCAGGUUCAAGGUGAAACUUUGAAGGUUGCAUAUUUUGCUCGAUUGAAUGCCGCUAUUGACACAGCUAGACUAUUGCUGAAGCAAGGGUUGCCUUUCCGGGGACAUGAUGAGUCAAAGAACUCGCAUAAUAGAGGAAACUUCUUGGAAGUUCGUGAUUUCUUAGCUGAGCAUGAUCCAGUUGUACGCAAGGCUGUGGGAAAAGAUGCUGCAAAGAAUUCUCUUAUGUCGGCUCCUGAAGUCCAGAAAGAUAUUGGUGAAGGUUUUGCGCAUGUGAUAGUGCAAUCUAUUCUGAAAGAAGUUCGCAAUAAUGUGUUUUGUUUGCUUGUUGACGAGUCUAGAGAUGUCUCUGGCAAAGAACAAAUGGCCGUGGCCUUGAGGUAUGUUGAUAGUUCCGGGGAUUCUAAAGAAAGUUUUGUUGGUCUUGUCCAUGUGAAAGAAACAACGUCUUCAUACCUCAAGAGUUCAAUUGAUUCUCUUUUUGCAAAAUAUAAACUGAGUUACAAUCAAGUUAGAGGACAGGGGUAUGAUGGUGCUAGCAAUAUGCGAGGUCAGUUUAAUGGCCUCAAAUCAUUGAUCAUGAGAGAAAGUAGCACAGCUUAUUAUGUUCAUUGCUUUGCUCACCAACUUCAGUUAGUUGUUGUGGCUGUCGUAAGAAAGCAUAAAGGAGUUAGUAAUUUCUUCAGCAUGAUUUCUACCUUGCUAAAUGUUGUGGGUGGAUCUUCCAAGCGAAGGGACAUGAUUAGAGAUAUUAAUCUUGAAGAAAUGAGAAAGGCUUUAGGGUGUGGACAGCUUACAACAGGAACAGGAUUAAAUCAAGAGCAAUGCCUUCAAAGGCCCGGAGACACUCGAUGGGGUUCCCAUGCUAAAACACUUAAGAGUUUGCUUCACAUGUUCAGGUCAGUUGUUAAAGUUCUAGAAUUUGUGGAAGAAGAAGACACUGAUAGAACAAAUAGAGACCAAGCAAAUGGUCUUCUAGUGUAUUUUCAAUCUUUUGACUUCGUAUUCUAUUUGCAUCUUAUGUUGACAAUCCUCACGACUACAAACACAUUGUCAUUAGCAUUGCAACGGAAGGAUCAAGACAUAGUAAAUGCCAUGAAAUGUGUGAAGUCAACUAGAAUUGUUCUGAAUGAACUUAGAGAAAAUGAAUGGGAAUCUAUGCUAGGUGAAGUUCAUGUGUUUUGUGAGACACAUGAUAUUGUAGAGUUGGACAUGGAAGAAGCAUAUGUUAAUCCAAAAAAGAGAAGGCAGGUAACUGGAAUUACCAACAAACAUCACUAUCAAGUUGAUUGUUUCAAUGAUGUUUUUGAUUGGCUAGUUCAAGAGCUUGACAAUCGGUUCAGUGAGACAUCCACUAAUUUGCUUGUUUGGUCAGCGGCUUUGAGUCCAAGAGACUCAUUUCGUGAUUUCAAUUUGGAGAAUCUUAUGAGUUUGGCUAAACUAUACCCUCAAGAUUUUGAUUCUGGGGAAUUGAGGGAUCUGGAUAAGGAUCUACGCCUCUAUAUUGCUGAUGUACGCACAGAUGAUAGUUUUUUCAACAUAGCAACAAUCACUGAGCUUUCGAAAAAAAUGGUGCAGACAGGGAGGCACAUUGUGUAUCCUUUGUUUUAUCGGUUGUUGAAACUAGUAAUUGUCUUGCCUAUUGCCACUGCUACAGUUGAGAGAUGCUUUUCAGCUAUGAAACUGGUCAAAACCUGCUUGCGCAGUCGCCUCAAUGAUGAUAGUUUGAGUGAUGAUCUUAUUUGUUAUGUGGAGAAAGAAGAAAUGAAAAAGGUCACCAAUGCUCAAGUGGUUGAGUAUUUCAUGGCUCGGAGGAACAGAACAUACUAAAGGUUAUUGAACCUUAUUGUCCGAUGAUGUAUUUUGGGAUUUGGAAAUGCAGCGUGAUCUUUUUCAAGUAAUUUUGAACCUUGUUUUAUUAUUAUAAUAAGCAUUUUGAUGGCUACAUUUUAUUUUUACAAACCACCUUCUUGUUAUAUCCAAUAAUGUGUGCUACAAGUUAUGAACACACCUUUAUUUAAUAUAGUCGUUGCUUAAUUUUUUAAAGCUUUGUUAAAGUGGUGCAUCGGGUAACAUUUGCUCCAGCUCCGCCCCUGAGUACCGGUAAU